AUGCUGAGUCUGGCCCGAGAGGCAGGCAACUUCACCCUGGGGGUGCUGGGGCCCUGGGACUGUGACCCUGUCUUUGCCCGGGCCCUCCCUCAUGCAGCUGUCCAGCUGGCUGUAGAUCGAGUCAACCAGGACCCAGCCCUGGCAUUGGGCUCUCGGCUGGCCCCCGUGCUGCUCCCCACGGCCUGCUACACCCCUCGUGCCCUGGCCACAUUCCUGACCUACAAGAACAUAGCAGCUGCUUUUGUGGGUCCAGCCAAUCCUGGUUACUGUUCAGCUGCGGCCCUGCUGGCCCAAAGCUGGGGCAAGAGCCUCUUCUCCUGGGCCUGUGGGGCACCAGAGGGAGGCCGGGAGCUGGUGACCACCUUGCCUUCCACUGCUCACGUACUGCUGUCUGUCAUGAGACACUUUGGCUGGGCCCACGUGGCCAUCGUGUCCUCCCAUCAAGACAUCUGGGUGGCUACAGCCCAGCAGGUGGCUGUGAACCUCAGGAUGCGUGGACUGCCUGUGGGGCUGGUGACCUCCCUGGGACCUGGGGGACAGGGAGCCAUGGAGGUCCUGAAGCAGCUCAGCACUGAGGGCGUGAAAACUGUGGUGCUGUGCAUGCACUCGGCGCUCCUGGGGGGCUCGGAGCAGGUGGCCCUGCUGAGCGCGGCCAAAGCCCAGGGCCUGGCAGACGGGAGGCUGGUCUUCCUGCCCUACGACACUAUGCUCUUCGCCUUGCCCUACCACAACCGCUCCUACCCCGCCCUGGAUGCCAGCGGACCCCUGCAGGAGGCCUACGACGCAGUGCUCACAGUCAGCCUGGAGUCCAGCCCCCAGGACGAGGCCUUUGCAGCCGCCAGUGCUAGGACGUCUCCUCCACAGGUGUCCCCACUCUUUGGAACCAUCUACGAUGCUGUUGUCCUGCUGGCCCAUGCUCUGAACCACUCUGCGCUCCAGGGGACAGGGCUGUCAGGGGCCCACCUAGGUGAUCACAUAGGGAACCUGGAUGUGUCUGGCUUUAGCCAGCGGCUCCAGACGGAUGAGAAGGGCCGGAGGCUGGCCCAGUAUGUCAUCUUGGAUACAGAUGGUCAAGGAAGUCAGCUGGUCCCCACUCAUAUCUUGGACACAAGCUCAUGGCAAGUUCAGUCCCUGGGAAGGGCCAUACACUUUCCUGCAGGGGCCCCUCCAGCCCGGGAUUCCAGCUGCUGGUUUGACCCCAAUACACUAUGCAUGAGAGGUCUGCAGCCCCCUGGCAGCCUCCUCGUCUUGGGCCUGGCAUGUGUCCUGGUACUGGCCGGGGGGACCCUGGCUUGCCUUGUCAGGUCAGGCCUCCAGCAGCUGUGGCUGUCUAGGCGCCCUCACCGGAUCCUGCUGACAGCCCAGGAGCUCACCUUCAUCCAUCAACCCCACAGCAGACGGAGGUCACACGUGGAUAGUAGGAGUGACUCAAGAAGUGUGGCAGAGGGUGGUAGCCCAGGAUCAGCAGCCCAGGCAUCUGCGAGGAGCCAGCCAACCCCCCAGGAACCCACCAACGUGGCCUUAUAUGAGGGGGAGUGGGUGUGGCUGAAGAAGUUUGACUUGGGUUCCAGCCCUGAGCUGCGGCCUAGCUGCCUGGGCCUUCUGAGAAAGAUACGGGAGCUGCGGCACGAGAACAUCACAGCCUUCCUGGGCCUCUUUGUGUCCCCCGGGGCCUGUGCUCUAGUGCUGGAGUACUGUGCUCGGGGCAGUCUGGAGGAUUUGCUGCGGAAUGAGGCCCUGCGGUUGGACUGGACCUUCAAGGCCUCCUUGCUGCUGGAUUUGAUCCGUGGCAUGAGGUACUUACACCACCGACACUUCCCUCACGGCCGCCUCAAGUCCCGGAACUGUGUGGUAGACAGACGCUUCGUACUGAAGAUCACUGACCACGGCUACUCAGCACUCCUGGAUGCCCAGCGGGCUCCCAGGCCCCAGACAGCCCCCAAAGAGCUGCUAUGGACGGCUCCGGAGCUGCUCCGCCAAGUCAGGGGGCCCAUCAGGGGCACCCUCAAAGGCGAUGUCUUCAGCCUGGGCAUUGUCCUGCAGGAGGUGCUGGCACGAGGGCCACCCUACCACUCCUUGGGGCUCCCAGCGGAAGAAAUCAUUAGGAAACUGGUGUCGCCUCCACCCCUGUGCCGGCCCCUGGUGUCCCCAGAGCAGGGACCGCCCGAGUGCAUCCUGCUGAUGAACCAGUGCUGGGAAGAGGCUCCGGAGGACAGGCCCAGCCUGGACCAGAUCUACACCCAGUUCAAAAGCCUCACUCCCUGCAAGAAGACCAGCGUUGCUGACUCCAUGCUUCGGAUGCUGGAGACGUACUCCCAGAACCUGGAGGACCUGGUUCAGGAAAGAACUGAAGAACUGGAGCAGGAGAGGCAGAAGACAGAAAGGCUACUGUCACAGAUGCUGCCCCCAUCUGUGACUGAAGCUCUGAAAAUGGGGACAGCUGUGGAGCCAGAGUACUUUGACCAGGUGACCAUCUACUUCAGUGAUAUUGUGGGUUUCACCACCAUCUCAGCUCUGAGUGAUCCCAUGGAGGUGGUGGGCUUGCUUAAUGACCUCUACACGCUGUUUGAUGCUAUCCUGAGCAGCUACGACGUGUAUAAGGUGGAGACCAUCGGGGACGCCUACAUGGUGGCAUCAGGGCUGCCUCGGCGCAACGGGAACCGGCAUGCAGCUGAGAUCGCCAACAUGGCCCUGGACAUGCUCAGUUCUGCAGGCAACUUCCGGAUGCGGCAUGCCCCUGACGUGCCCAUCAGGAUCAGGGCUGGCCUGCACUCAGGGCCCUGCGUGGCUGGGGUGGUGGGCCUCACCAUGCCCAGAUACUGCCUCUUUGGAGACACAGUUAACACUGCAUCGCGGAUGGAAUCCACAGGACUGCCAUACAGAAUUCACAUCAGCAGAAGCACCAUGGAGACACUGCUCAGCUUGGAUGAAGGCUACAAAAUUGACAUCCGGGGCCAGACUGAACUAAAGGGGAAGGGCAUCGAGGAGACCUACUGGCUGUCAGGGAAGGAAGGCUUCCCCAGAUCUCUCCCCCCACCUCUGGACAUCAAACCAGGAGACCCCUGGCAGGCCCUCAUAAACCAGGAAAUCAAGGUGGCCUUUGCCAGAGCACGCCAGAGCACAGGGCCCCAGAGGACUUGGACAGCUGGGCCCUGAGGAGAGGGGCAGGGUGGGGCUCUGCCUCCACAGCCAACCCCACGCCCACUCCACUCCUGCAUGAAUUCCUGACUGAGCUCCCAGGUGUGCCCCCACUCCCCUACCAUGUGCAUUCGUUCAUGCCCUGGAGCCACCUUACCUGAAGCCUUCCCUGACUAACCCUGUGGACAACCUCACCUCUUACACAGAAGCAAUAAAAAUAGAAAUAGUC